CAUAUGGGCAAUCUCCUUUUAGGUCUCUUAGUUAUUCUUUUCCCAUUGACAAGUAGUGGUAGUAGCAUUGCUAUUCCACCUACCUAUGACACAGCUUCGCUAAACCGGAGCACUUUUCCGAGAGGAUUCAUUUUUGGCACGGCGUCAGCGUCUUAUCAGCACGAAGGUGCAGCAAAAGAAGGUGGUAAAGGACCAUCAACAUGGGACACUUUCACCCAUAGAUAUCCAGAUAAGAUAACGGAUCACAGUAAUGGAGAUGUAGCUGUUGAUCAAUAUCAUCACUACAAGGAAGAUGUUGGGAUUAUGAAGGAUAUGGGUUUAGAUGCAUACAGAUUCUCAAUCUCAUGGUCCCGACUUUUGCCAAAUGGGAAAUUAUGUGGGGGUGUGAACAGAGAAGGAAUUAACUACUACAAUAACCUCAUCAAUGAGCUGCUGGAAAAAGGUCUAAAGCCAUUUGUGACACUCUUCCAUUGGGAUCUACCCCAAGCCUUAGAAGAUGAGUAUGGUGGUUUCUUAAGUCCUCAGAUUGUGGAUGAUUUUGGGGACUAUGCUGAACUUUGCUUCAAGGAAUUUGGUGACCGGGUGAAGCACUGGAUUACACUGAAUGAGCCACUGAGUUACAGCGUCGGUGGAUAUGCACUUGGGGUUUUAGCGCCGGAUCGAUGUUCGGAUUGGCAAAAUCUAAACUGUACAGGUGGAAAUUCUGCGACCGAGCCAUAUAUUGUGACACACCACCAGCUUCUUGCACACGCAGCCGCAGUUAAAGUGUACAAGCAAAAAUAUCAGGCAAUACAGGAAGGUGCCAUAGGAAUAACGCUCGUCUCAAACUGGCUAGUUCCAUACUCCAAUUCCACGUAUGAUCGUCACUCUGCAGUGCGAGCACUUGAUUUCAUGUUUGGAUGGUUCAUGGACCCAUUAACAAAUGGUGACUAUCCACACAUCAUGCGAUCUCUGGUUGGGAACCGAUUACCCAAUUUCUCAAAAGAGCAAUCCAUGGCGGUGAAGGGGUCGUUUGAUUUCAUUGGAAUAAACUAUUAUACCACUAAUUAUGUAGCCCAUGCAGUACCUGACGUCCCUAAUGCUGGAAUUUCAAGCUACUUGAUAGAUAUACGUGUUAAUCUCUCAACCGAGCGAAAUGGGAUUCCUAUUGGUCCAAGGGCUGCUUCUGACUGGCUAUAUGUCUAUCCGAGUGGAAUACAAGAUCUUUUGCUCUACACAAAGACAAAAUACCAUAAUCCACUCAUUUACAUCACCGAGAAUGGGAUUGAUGAGUUUAAUAAUGUCUCUUUAUCGCUCGAGGAAGCCCUCCGGGACAGCCAUAGAAUUGACUAUCACUAUCGCCAUCUUGCAUAUCUUGAUGCAGCUAUCAAGGAUGGCGUUAAUGUCAAGGGAUACUUUGCGUGGUCAUUGUUAGACAAUUUUGAAUGGACUUCAGGUUACACUCUUAGAUUUGGCAUUUACUAUAUAGACUACAAGGAUGGGUUGAAAAGACAUCCUAAACUGUCCGCCCAUUGGUUCAAGCAUUUCCUCAAGAAAUAG